UCCCGGAAGGAUAGCGAUUACCGGAGCUCCGUGCGCGCCUGCUCGACGGGGCACCCACGCACUCGCCCGGGCGCUUCUCGCCAGGAGUUUCCUGCUUCGCGAGCUUCCCAUUUCUAACGCCCAGUGAGGAGCUUCGGGAGAGGAGGCCGAGGGCCUCAGGGGCUCGGCAAGGGGAGCGCUGACGACAGAAAGCCGGGGACUCCCUAGCCUCCACCUGUAAUGCAGGAGCCCGCAGCGGCUGGCUCUCCCCUCCGCCCGCCAGCAGCUCGACCACCCCCGGGAGCCCACGGCCGAGCCCCAUGUGACGCUCAAGUGAACCUACCGGGCGGGGCGGGCAUCUGCAAGCUGCCCGGGAGACUCCGCCUGCAGCCCGCCCUGUGGAGCCGGGAAGACGUCCUGCACUGGCUGCGCUGGGCGGAGCGGGAGUACGCGCUGCGGAGUCCCAGCGAGCUCGGCUUCCAGAUGAACGGCCGCGCGCUCUGCUUCCUCACCAAGGACGAUUUCCGGCUUCGCGCUCCCGGCUCAGGUGACGUCCUGUAUGAGCUGCUCCAGUGCAUCAAGACCCAGCGGCGAGCCCUGGCGCGCGGGCCCUGGUUUGGAGGGGCGUGGAGGCAGCUGUCCGCGCGGCCCUCCCCACGGCCCCUGGCAGAGGGAACCACGCCCCCCCGGACAGCCCCCUACAGGGGCCUCCUGCAGCAGCCACCACACCCGGGGCUCGCUGGCUCCCUCAGCCAUCUGGACGCCCUCGCCCUGGCCAAGUGGCCCCUGGGCUGGGAGGAGACCCUCAACGUGUUUCGCUGUGCAGGGCUGGGCUCCAGGACCUCCAGGCUCCGCCUCCUCCCCAGGGUGCCACGGGCCCCCAGGGACGGCAGGACAGCUGACUGCCGGCUGCUGUGGGAUUUCGUGUACCAGCUGCUCCUCGAUCCCCGGUACGAGCCCUACAUCAGGUGGGAGGACAAGGACGCCAAGAUCUUUCGCGUUGUGGAUCCCAACGGGCUCGCCGGACUCUGGGGGAAGCACAAGAACCGAGUGAAUAUGACCUACGAGAAGCUGUCCCGAGCCCUGCGCCACUAUUAUAAGCUCAACAUCAUCAGGAAGGAACCCGGUCAGAAACUCGUGUUCAGGUUUCUAAAGACUCCAGGGAAGGCGGCCCGGGCCAAGGGCAUCUGCCAGGAGCAGGAUGGAACGGCACGCGAGGACGAGAUGCCGGAAGUCUCUCCAUGAGGGCUGGCUGGGUGCAGGCACCUGGGGCUGGGCAGGGGGCACGGAGCGUCCCCUAGAGGCUGCGCCGCUCUCCCAGGGUGGCUUCUAUACUUGGAAGAUGGCAUCUGACGUCACGGGGUUGGGGGGCUUCAGGGCUGCCCGUUGCUCGGAGCCUCCGGCCCACACCCAGGACAUGGCGGGAGGGAUGGAGCUAAGUGGAGGACGAGGCUGGACCGUCCUCCUGGCCCGGCUGGCGACCUGUCUGCACUCUGCCGGGCAUCAAGGCCCAGCCCUGCGUGUUACACAGGAAGGGGAUGGCAGUGCCUCAUUGAGACUCAUCGUUCCCCAUCCACAAAAGGGGCGCGCUUAUAAACCCCCGUCAGAGGCGCUGAGGCACGCCUGGGAGGGAGGCUCAGGACCACGCCAGCCUCCAGCACAGUAAUGACCGCGGCGAGGUGCUCGCCGGGGGCCCAGCCUGGGCGACAGGCCUUGCCUCUGGUUUACCUUGUUUAAUUCACGCCCCCUGCCUCCCGCCCCCCAGAGGUUAGAGAUGAAGAGACCAGGCAGAGGCUUGCCCAGCCGGAGCCCCGUUUCCUCCAGGGCCCCUGGAUGCACUUGGGCCCGACUUCUCUGCUCUGAGCUCCUUAGCAGUCCGGUUUGCCUGGCCCCCGCCCUCCUCCGCAGUUUUCAGCUCAUUGGUGCCUUGGGGAUGAGGACCACCCCUCCCCUCAUGCUCCUGGCAUCCCUCGCCCUCCUGUGUGCUGUGUGACCUUGGACAGGCUGCUGCACCUCUCUGGAGUCCACGGUCUCUAACCUCGAAAGUGAGGCUGCCACUCCAGGAGGCUGGGACCAGGCCGCGUUUGUGACGUGCUUGGGACCUGGCUGCUGGCUGGGAGGGACCUUCAGCCGCUCCACAGCAGGGACACGGCUCCUCCCCAGUCCCAGUGAUGGACAGCCCCCGCCCCCCCAGCCCCCGCCCCUGCCAGCCCGGAGGAAGGGACGCAGUGUGGGGGCAAUGGGGGAGGGGUGCUCUUACUGCCCUGUGAGCGUGUGUGGGCCCCCGGGGACUCCCAGCCUUUGGGUCUCGGGGCUGGGGAGGCUCAGGCCAGGGGAGCUCCAGGCUGUUCUGUCUGGCGCCUGCUGGAAAAGGCUGCACCCUCCCAGCCCGUUGGCCAGGCUCCAGGGUGGCCCCCUGACCCCCCACCACGCCUAGCCCCUCCCAGCCACGGAGCUGGAAAGGGAGGCGCUGCUACUCUCCCCACCCCCGCCGAGCCCCAGCCCUGGCCAGGCGCGCAGCUGCCGCUGAAGCCCCAUUUCUCACAGUCUCGGCACUGUGCCCAGGGUCACUUGCCCCGGGUACAUUUGCUGGCCAGUGUGUUGAUGGCUGUCAGUGGCCGGGAACCGUGAGCCGCACCGGCACUGGCACCACAGGGUCAGGGGCCCCAGAUUCUGGAACUUUCCCCUUGCCCUCCCCAUGGGGGGCGGGGCUCCACCCUUUUCUCCAUUUGCCCAGGGGCAUGGGCCCUGGUCUGGGGAUGGAUCUCGAAGACUGAACCCCUGCUGUGGACCUGGCACCAAGCUUCAAGUGGAUGUCCAUUGUUUUCCACUGGGGGGGGG